CUCUCUCUCUCACUUAUGGCUACCUACUUUUGGUAUUUACACUUUUAUAGCCAACUCUACUGUGGUCUCUAUUAUUUCUCCCAAAUGCCAUAAUAAAACCUAGUGGGUAGUUUUGUUUCUUCUUCUUCUCCUCCUCUUCCUUCUCCUCCUCCUCCUCUUCCUCCUUCUUCAUCAUCAUAAUUAGUAGCCAUGUCUUCUUCUGCUUGUUUUAGCAUUAGCGUCGUGUUGUCUGUAGCUGUUGUGUUGUUUGGUAGUGGGUAUGUUGAAAGAGCAAAUGGGGCACCUACAGUCAAAGUUGGUAACAUAUCCAAAACAGAAGAUGCAGUGAACUUCCAUGUUUACUAUGGACAAACCUUCAAAGUUAUCAAGAAUGUUAUUGAUGGAAAGAGCUACCUUCUCAUUCAGAAUAACUCAAGAAUGGCAACAAGGACAAAAUAUUGCACCUCAAGGAUCAAGUCUUUUGUUAUCCCUCUGUCAAACUAUUCGGCCGAUACCUUCUUCUUUCCAGUUUCCUUCUUGGAGAGUAUCUUGAUGGAAGAGAGAGUGAAUUGCCAAAUUUCUCCAAGGGUGAUGGAGCUACUUGGCUUACUGGGGAGUAUGAAGGGAAUCACAUCAAACUCUGUGGCUUCUGAAUGUGCCUUAAAGUUGUAUGAAACAGGAGAAACAGAGAUGUUUAACAGAGCUGAUCCACAAGUAUUUGCCCAAUUUGCAGCACACUUUGUUAGUGAUACUGAUCAGCCACAGGCUUGUAAUUUUGCAAAUUUUGUUCCUUUUGAAGAGGAUAAUCCUCUACAGAGAGCAGAGUGGAUCAAGUUCUUAGGAGUUUUUGCAAACCUUGAGACUAGAGCCAAUCAAGUCUAUGAUGCAGUCAAAGAGAACUAUUUAUGCUUGGCUAAGGUUGCAGCAAAAAGCAGAAGAUCCUUCAAACCCAUUGUAGCUUGGAUGGAGUAUUCUAAUGGUGUGUGGUCUUUUACAAAGGAAGCAUACAAGUUGACGUAUGUGGAAGAUGCAGGUGGAGAAAAUAUUGAUAACUCCAUCAGCAAAAUGACUUAUAAUAUCUCAAUUCCUGAUGACUUGGAGGAAUUACAUGCCAUUCUAUGUACUGUGGAUGUAGUUAUUGAUGAGACAGGCACUCUUAAUCCUGCUGAAUACAAUCAAUCAACCUUCCUUCAAAAUGUUAAUGUGGAAGACCAUUCUUGUUUUGCAUUUCUCUCCAAUCAAAGCUUGUGGAGAUAUGAUAAAAGGGUCCAAAACUCAACUGCUCUUGACUGGUUUGAUGGAGCAGUCUCACAACCCCAACUGGUUUUAGCAGAUCUUGCAGAAGCUAUAUUUCCCACUGGAAAUUACACAACAACAUACCUUAGGAACAUUGCAAAGGGAGAAGGGAUAAUAAGCAUUGGUGCUAACAUGUGUGAAAGGGAUAUCUCUAUCCCAUUGGAGCCUACAAUACUACCUUGCUAAUGGUGAAACUAUAUCUGAAAAAUUUGAUUCCACUUCAUCCAUUGCUUUAAUAAUUCUUUUGGUUAUUCUCAGUAAAAAAAAAAAAAAAAAAAAAAGACGAACAUAUAAUAAGUUUUUGGUCUUUAGGAUUUGAGAUAGAUAAGAAACUUAUGUUCAUUUCUAUCAAGUGAUACCAAAUUUGAUCCCUAGUGAAGUCCCCGGAAUUAUUUUAUUCAAAAUGCAAUUUCUCCUAAUUUGUGAAUUUAAGAAUUAUUCACCAAUGAGGUUAGUGAGCAUAGAUUUAUGGGUAUGAAAGAUGUGUUGUCUCUAGAACUGUAAAGUAUCAAGUUGGAAACCUCAACACUGAUAAUUAUUACUUGAAUUUUGAGCUGUA